AGACACAGAUAAUAGAAUCGACAUUUCGAUUUGACGUUCGGUGGUCGGUGAAAAAAUUGCCUAAAUAUAUCCCUUUUACUGUGAAUUUCUUAAUAUUUUGUUUAUUGAAUAUAAUCACAAACGUUAAAAAUGUCAGUACGUCUAGGCGGCGCACUAAGAGAGCUCCGGAUUCAUCUGUGUCAAACCAAUAAGCAAUCUGCGGGCGUGAGGGAAUUUAUUCAGCAAAACUAUGUAUCUAUCAAGAAAGCGAAUCCUGGCUUUCCGAUUUUGAUUCGUGAGUGCAGUGGAGUUGAACCUAAGAUCUGGGCCCGAUAUGAUAAAGGAGUGGAGCGCAGCACAAUUCUCACAAAUUUAUCGGCUGGGGACGUUUUGGCCGCCAUUCAAAAGCUAGUAAAAUAAAACAGAACAAAUGUAAUUAUUAUUAAAAAUAGAAGAUUUAGAAAAAUGCAUAUGUUGGUAAAUUAAAAACUGAUUUUCAUUUAA